AUGGUUGUUGCGCGAGCUAUUGUGUCGUCGUGUCUUCGCGAGUCGUCGUCACAAGCCGUCGUAUCGCGCGAGCUGCGAAAUCGCGUCGUUGACUCCGAUGAGUUGGACUGCGUGGUUGAGCGAGCUCCGGAGUUGCUUGCUACUCCGGAUCUGCGUUUGAUCGGCGAGCUGUCGGAUCUUAGAGCAAGCCGCGAGCUAGUUGAUUUUGUGUUUCUUGAAGAAGUACAAGCUUUCUCUUUCCCAGAUCAGGACGCGCGGCUUUCGUCACUUAGUGGGGACAUCAAGGCUCUCUUUUGUAAAGCGGUAAUCGUCUUCUCCAUCUCUGUCAAAGAAGCUGCUAUAUUGUUGCUGCGCUGUGGCUUCCCUUCCUCCAGCAGCUCUAGCGAUUUGCAGCUCGCUGAUCUUCUUCGACAUGGUUCGAUCUACAAGUUCACUCCGUUUCCUGCUGGUGCUCGUCCUUCUGCUCCUGCCUCCGGGGUUGUGAAGUUGAGCGUCACGGGAUCGAUGCCGUUCCUUCUCGUGACUCUCCUUUGUUCUUCCUCCUGUUUCCGAGUGGUUCGCAGGGUCUCCAGCUCUCUCGUCAGCGAGCUAUUCAGCGCAUCUUGUUCUUCGGUCCUUUUCUGCCGGCGGCGAUCAUCUCCUGCAUCUUUGCCAGCUCAAUCGUUGUGUCUUUAUUGGCUUGUUGAUCCGCUCCUGUUGGAGUUCUCUGAUCUCCGGGUGGAUUGUCUCCUGAUGGGGGAAUUCCCGUCACGUUGCUCCGUUCUCGGAUAUCUCUUCAGAUCUCGAGUGUUUAUGAGUGAGAAAUUUUCUAAUCCCCCUCCUUCUAGCGCCAAAUUGUGGGAGCUGGAAUCCGCACAAUAG